AGAACAGAAGGAAGAUUUUUCUAUAAACCCUCUCACGCGCCUCCCCGAAACUCAUCUCUCAUUCCGCCGCCGCCGCCGCCGCCGCACACGGUUGUGCCUCUCCGUCCUCCCCAUGCUCUAUCUCCGCCGCCAGAAAUUCGAGUCCCCGCCCUUCAUGAAAAUCGCAAAACCCCCAAAUCGAGUGUUUAUAUUCAGCAGCAGAAAAAAGAAAAAAAAGAAGCCGUUUACGACGGUGAAUAUCUCCUCGUCGGCGGUGAAUUAGCCGUUUAUCGUGGGUGUUUUUUAUCAUGGGUGAUUUGAAGACUAGGGUUUCUGGUAAAUCGACUGUUGCUCCGUUGGCUAAGAAGGACUAUACUCGAAGCAACGACGACAGGCGCGUAAGACGAAGGAUUUCGCGUGAUGGAGAUCAUGUCUCUGAGUCAGAAGAUGAAAUACUAAUUCUGAAUGAACGACGUCUCGGAGAAAGGGAUACGAUAGAAGAAGAGUCGAUUCGGAGAUGUGGUGCUAUCGAGACAUUAAGGAAAGUGUCGAGGCAAGAGUAUUUGAAGAAAAGGGAGCGAAAGAAACUAGAUGAGCUCAGAGAUGAUAUAGAAGACGAGCCCUACUUAUUCGGUGGUGUGAAGAUAACCGAAGGAGAGAAACGCGAGCAACGAUAUAAGAAGGAAGUAUACGAGCUUGUUAAUAGGAGGACAGAAGAGUUUGAUUGUGCAAACGAGUAUAGGAUGCCCGACGCGUAUGACCGGGUCGGUGUCGUGAAUCAAGAAAAAAGAUUUGCUGUGGCGUUGCAGCGUUACAGGGGGGAUCCUGCUGCAGAAGCAAAGAUGAACUCGUUCGCCGAACAAGAAGCAUGGGAGGAACACCAGAUUGGAAAAGCAACUCUUCAGUUUGGAUCGAAGGAUAGAAAGCGAAAACAUGACGAUUACGACUUUGUUUUUGAAGACCAGAUAGCGUUCCUAAAGGCAUCGGUUAUGAGUGGUGUAACUGUCGAGCAGGAUGCCUCUGUGCUGAAGGAAUCGGAAUCUACGGCCAAAACAGCAUUAGAAAAACUCGAGAGUGAGAGGAAGACGCUGCCAAUCUAUCCAUACAGGGAUGAGUUGCUUAAAGCUAUCAACGAGCAUCAGGUUCUUGUUAUUGUCGGAGAGACGGGUUCUGGGAAAACUACGCAGAUACCUCAGUACCUCCACGAGGCAGGAUUCACAGAGCGAGGAAAGAUUGGAUGCACCCAACCGCGCCGUGUGGCUGCUAUGAGUGUUUCUACUCGAGUUUCUCGAGAAAUGGGAGUAAAACUUGGGCAUGAGGUCGGCUAUUCUAUUAGGUUUGAAGACUGUACUUCGGAAAAGACGGUUAUUAAGUAUAUGACGGAUGGAAUGUUGCUGCGUGAAUUCCUCGGAGAACCUGACCUCGCGAGUUACAGUGUUGUGAUGGUGGACGAGGCCCAUGAAAGAACACUGUCAACAGAUAUUCUGUUCGGAUUGCUUAAGGAUAUUGGUCGGUUUCGCCCCGAUCUCAAAUUGCUUAUUUCAAGUGCCACUCUUGACGCUGAAAAGUUCAGCGAUUAUUUUGAUUGUGCUCCGAUUUUCAAGAUACCUGGAAGGAGAUUCCCUGUCGAAAUUAACUACACUACCGCCCCUGAAGCUGAUUACUUGGACGCUGCCGUUGUCACCAUUUUGCAAAUCCACGUUAACCAGCCACCUGGCGACGGAGACAUUCUAGUUUUCCUGACAGGGCAAGAGGAGAUUGAAACUGUCCAGGAGAUUCUUAAGCACAGGGCUCGUUUAUUGGGGCCAAAAAUAGCAGAACUCGUCAUCUGUCCUAUUUACGCAAACUUGCCUACAGAACUGCAGGCUAAAAUAUUCGAACCCACCCCCGAUGGGGCCCGCAAAGUCGUCCUUGCAACAAAUAUUGCCGAGACUUCACUGACGAUUGACGGUAUAAAAUAUGUCGUCGACCCGGGUUUCUCCAAGAUGAAGUCUUACAACCCUCGAACGGGUAUGGAAUCUUUGCUGAUCACUCCGAUAUCGAAAGCAUCUGCCGAACAGCGGGCUGGUCGAUCCGGAAGAACGGGUCCCGGAAAAUGCUUUCGGCUGUAUACCGCGUAUAAUUACUACAACGACAUGGACGAUAACACUGUACCUGAAAUACAGAGGACCAACUUGGCCAAUGUAGUGCUUACUCUCAAGAGUCUUGGAAUCGAUGACUUGCUGAACUUUGACUUUAUGGACCCUCCACCAUCCGAAUCUCUUCUUAAGGCAUUGGAACUGCUUUACGCUCUGAGUGCACUCAACAAGCAUGGUGAGUUGACGAAACUCGGUAGAAGGAUGGCCGAGUUCCCGCUCGACCCUAUGCUGUCGAAGAUGAUUGUUGCUUCUGAUAAAUACCAUUGCUCCGACGAGAUCAUAUCUAUCGCAGCAAUGCUGUCUGUCGGAAAUUCAAUCUUUUACCGCCCAAAGGACAAGCAACUCCACGCGGACAAUGCUCGCAUGAAUUUUCACACGGGAAACGUUGGAGAUCACAUUGCCUUGCUCAAGGUGUACACCUCGUGGAAGGAAGCCAAUUUCUCCAGUCAAUGGUGCUACGAAAAUUAUAUCCAGGUCAGAAGCAUGAAGAGGGCUAGAGAUAUCCGGGAACAACUUGAGGGGCUUCUAGAAAGAGUCGAGAUUGAGUUGACGGCAAAUCCGAGUAAUAAUUUAGACCCAAUAAAGAAAUCCAUAGCUGCGGGGUUUUUCCCGAACUCCGCAAGGCUACAAAAGCACGGGUCUUAUAGAACCGUCAAACAUCCGCAGACUGUUCAUAUUCACCCUAGCUCCGGUUUAGCAGAGUCGCUUCCGAGAUGGGUUAUUUACCAUGAGUUAGUUUUAACGAGUAAAGGAUACAUGCGGCAGCUGACCGAACUUAAACCCGAGUGGUUGGUGGAAUUAGCUCCCCACUAUUAUCAGCUGACGGAUAUUGAAGAUCUUCGAUCGAAAGGGUGCUCAAAUUAUAACAAAUGAUUAUUUUGUAAAUAUUUCUUGUCCCCUAUUUUCUUAUUUUUCAUCAUAUCUUUCUUUUGUAAUGCAAUGUUUGCAAACAUUCAAGAAAAGGAAGCUUCUUUGGCUAUCUAUAGAUCAAAAUGCUAAAAAGUUGUUUCA